GAUAAAGAACUGAUGCAAAGGUCUGUUGACGGAGAAGAGGACGACGAAGGUGGAUUAAAGGAAAAUCCGCUGUAUGUUUCGUCACAACAUGAACCCGAGGGGUCAGUUUAUAGCGUUGUUAACACAAACAAAAAAACUAAAAGCAAGGAAAAGGCAGACGAGAGUACUAUUUACACAGAAGUGGUGAAAAAUCAGAAGAAAGAUAGAAAGAACAAGGAGAUAGAAAUGGGAUGCGUAUAUCAAAACUCUGGAAAUCUUAACCAGACUGAGGACGUGUACGCAAAUUCUGAGGUAAAAGGCAACUUUGGAGACAAACAGGUGUACGCACCUACAAAGAAUAAGGAUGGGUUGAUAUACGCAGAUCUUGAUCUAGUACCUAACAUGAGUGGAAACCGGUUUGUUAUAAGAGGGUUGGAAAACCGAAACAACUAUGCAGUUAUUGACCUUACCAAGACAGCAGAGCCAUUGCCAUUGGAAAGUGACAGCGAUGAUGAUGAUGCUAGAGCAAAAACGACUAAAGAGGAAGAGUGAACAGAAAAUAACAAGCAUUUACACCCACCUUUUUUAUACAAAUAAAACCCUUUGUUUUUCUCUCACAAAAUUAAACAUUGCUAAAACAUUGAAAAUGAAUAUAGAAUGAUUGGCUAUACAAUAUGUGAGUGGUUUAUGUUUUCUUACGUGCUAAAACUAUUGACUUCUUUUAUAAUGUACAUGUAUCACUUCUUUUGAAGAUAACCAAAAUAUGAUAAACGUAUUACGUAAAUGUAAGCAUCAUGUGGCA